AUUGGGAGACCGUCGACUUUGUCUUCAGAGUUUAAUUCACAUCAGCUGUUCUGUGUUCAUUCGCUACCGUAAGUGUGUUAUUGUGAGCAGUGUCGCUUGAUAUAUUGCCGGUUUUUUUUGACUGUUUGUACGUUGUACUGUUUGUCUGACGGUCGACUGUUUUUUGUUUCACCAUGGUUAGCAACAAUAGCGUAUCAUCUGGAACCGGCAACUCCAAACAAUUCGCGUGCGACUGUCGGAAAGACCUUCAACCAAAUCUGUGCGUUUCUUACGGACCAACGAAUCAUAGCAAAGUGUGUUACUUCCCAAAAUUAUCAACGGUGGUAUUGCUGGAAUAAUCGGCGUGUCUUGCGUAUUUCCGUUGGAUCUCGUUAAAACUCGUCUCCAAAAUCAACAAAUAGGAAAAAAUGGAGAAAAAAUGUACAACUCAAUGCUUGACUGUUUCAAGAAAACAUAUCGCGCCGAAGGAUACUUUGGCAUGUAUCGAGGAUCAGCUGUAAAUAUAUUGCUUAUUACACCGGAGAAAGCUAUCAAACUAGCAGCGAACGAUUUCUUCCGUCACCAUCUUACUUCUUCAAAUGGAACGUUAUCCAUAUCCCGUCAAAUGGCUGCUGGAGGUUUGGCUGGUUUAUGCCAAAUUAUCAUAACAACGCCAAUGGAGCUUUUAAAAAUCCAGAUGCAAGAUGCCGGACGUGUUGCCACACAGGCCAAGCAAGCUGGACAAGCUAUACAGAAAGUCUCUGCCACAUCAAUAGCAUUGGAACUUAUCCGUGCGAAGGGUAUUACUGGACUGUAUAAAGGAACUGGGGCUACAAUGCUACGUGAUGUAUCAUUUUCAAUUGUAUAUUUUCCUUUGUUUGCAACUUUAAAUGCACUUGGUCCUCGUCGCGAUGAUGGUAGUAAUGAAGCAGUUUUCUGGUGUUCAUUUUUGAGUGGUUGCGCCGCUGGAUCAAUGGCAGCUCUUGUUGUAAAUCCUUUCGAUGUCGUCAAAACUCGACUGCAAGCUCUGAAAAAAGUUGAAGGAGAAAUGCAGUUCAAUGGAGUCGCAGACUGUAUCGGCAAAACGCUCAAGCACGAAGGGAUAACUGCUUUCUUCAAAGGAGGAUUAUGCCGUAUGAUUGUCAUAGCGCCGCUGUUCGGUAUCGCACAGAUGGUUUACUUUCUCGGGGUCGCCGAGGCAUUACUUGGUAUGAAAGCUACUAACAAAUAAAAUUAAAGACGAUGACUCAAUUUGUUUAAGUCACUUGUGCUACUAAGUAUUGUGAAACAUGUUUGUUUGCCACUAAGUGAAGGAAAAAAAAACUGUCACACACGUCGAAACGAAACGGAAAGAUUGAUUGCACACCACUUACUCUGUGUAUGAAAAAUUGCAUAAAAAACGAUUUUCAAAUAGCAAAAUAUGAAAAAAUGACAAUAUUAGCAAUAGUAUAACUGCAUCAUGUGAAGUAUGUGAAAACUACGGUUCUACUCAAUGGAUGAUAUUUUAUUUCAUGUAAUAAAAUAAAAUAAAAUAAAUAAUAACAAGGAAUUUUUUGCAAGGACCAUGCAAGGAACAAGGAUCACAACUGUAAAACUAGGCUCAUGGAACGUAGGUACUCUGAGAAGAGCCGGGCCCCGAGGUAGCUCGAUGAAACUCUAGUCACGCUACGAAUGAACAUCAUAGCAAUACAAGCACUGGCUUUGCUGUUGUUGUGCAAUUACGACAUCCAAUGCUGCUACGACUGCCAUACGCUCAGAACUAACGCUGUUAUAAAGAAGUCGAUUCCAGCUCCAUUAAUGAAACGCUGUGCGCUUUAUCCUUGUUAGGCAAAUUCUAAAAGAUAAGCCUAUUAAACAUUCAGGCUCCUUCCGCCACUCGCCGCAUAAAAAACAACGCGAAGAUGAAAAGUGCUAUUUCUAUGGCAUCCUAUAAAAAGAUCUUGAUAGAUGCUAUAUGCAUGAUCUUAUAAUCAAAUCGGAGGAGGUUCAAGGUUAAAGUCGAUAGUGACGCUAUGUAUCGCCCAAUAGUUGCAUAUUGAUGAAUUUGGCAUCCUUGAGGAACAUGGUUAUUGGAAGUAAAAAAUUUACACAAAAUGAUGUUGCCACAAAGCGACGUGGAUAUGCCAAGAUAGAUUAUGCAAGCCGCAAGUAUAUUCCGCAUCGUAUACUUUUGCAAUUUAUUGGUUCUUUGCUGCCUACAGCUUGUGAAAGUUACCGGUAUCGUUCCAUAGAAGAGUAAACAUGUGCAAAGACACCGUAAGCAAAGCGCAACAAAGUAGCGCGGCAUUUAGGCGUUUGGUCAAAACGUUAAAAUAAAGCAGUUUAUCACCG